AUGUCGAGCAACAGUGUAAAAAUUCCCGCUUUACCAUGCAAGCUGUUUGGCUCAGGCCAUUACACUGUUUGGAGGGCCCUCACUUGUCGCAUGUUGAAAGUUCACGAUUUGUGGAAUCUAGUCAAUGAUAUGAGUAAGAGUCCUGUAUUCACCACAACCACUACUACGGUUACAGUGGCACCACCUGCAGUACAACCAGCAGAAGGUGCAGCAGCAGCAACACCAGUAGAAGAGGACGAAGAAGAAUCCACAGACAACGCCUAA